AUGAUCCUUAAAUACAUGACUGGGCUCCGGUGUAAUCAACUGAAAGUGGAACGGCCGAUUAAUCAGCAAAUUGGUAAAAUUACUGAGAAAUUGGCCAAACCAACGCAAUCAGAUGUCGGAGUCUAUGGCAUCCGAGUUGAAAAUCACUUUAAAACUCAGGAAUUCUUAGCGGUAACUAUAAGUACGAUAUUCCGACAAAUAUUUGAACGAGUCUGUAGGAAUUACUCCAAUGUUAUAAUAUUGCAUUAUAAGUUUAUACUACCAAACAACGAAAAUGAAAGUAACGACAACAAUCAUACCGUUGACAUUGAUGCCAACAUAUUUCCUUCUAAUUAUUCCGAUGAUGAUGUUCCCUCAGGAUCAGAAGCCGAAAACGAAAAUUUGAAUCUAUCUGAUAACAAGAGAAUUUUUCAGAAAAUUAAAAAGGACUCGACAUCGCAACAUCAAAAUUACGUAAACCCCCAAGAAUAUCAACUACCACGUUUAUACCAAGGUCUUUUACCAAUUGACAGUAAAAAAUUAAAUGGUCUAUUAAGUUUAUGUAAAGUCAAUUUGAUACCAGCAAUGUACCAUGGGAUUUAUAACUCCCUGCGGUCUGCUAGUGAAAAUAUUCUACCAGAGUGCUCUACAGAUCAAGAAACUGGUUCCGAAUCUGAACAAUAG